AAAGUAUUAAUUCACUAAAGUAUACAGAUGAGUAGUGAGGCACCGAGUAAUUCUAGUAGUAAAGAGGGGACUCCCAUCUUAGGAGCGGGUCAAAGAUCCAUUGCAACCAUUCAACCUCAUGAAAUUAAAUUAUUAGCUCAAAAGAUGUCUAAUGAAUAUAGUUUAGCUAAAGCAGCUGGACUUGAAAGUGAAAAGGGGAAACAACAUAUGCAAAAAGUUAAUGCAAUUAAGAAUGUAUUAGUAAAAUAUAAAGAAAGUCAAGGUAAAGAUAAAGAUAAACCUUCUGAUUCUACCAAUAGUAAUACUGGAUCCCCAAUAUCAAUAAAUACUCCAUCAACUCCUUUAAUUCCAACAGGUUCAAUUGAUACUCCAUCAGAAUUAUCAAGUCGACCUCAAAGUGUUGAACCAACAAACGCAAAUGCAAAUGCAAAUGCUCCCGCUGUAUCUAUUGAAACUUAUAAUCAAGUUAAAACUAGAAUUCAAGAUAUGGUUAAAAGAAUAAAAGUUCUUGAAGAUAUUAAGGGAAAAGAAUCUGAUAAUACUAAAAUUGAUGAACAUAAUAAUGAAAUUAAUAAUCUUAAAGGUCAAAUUCUAAGACAUCAGAAAGCUCUAAACUAUUUCAAAUCACAACUUCAAUUAACUGAACCAGAAGAUGCUCCAACUCCUACUUCUCUGCAAUCACCAUUAAAAACACAACCACAAGUACAAGCACAAGCACAAGCACAAACACAAGCACAAGCACAAGCACAGGUACCACCAAAAGCACCAACACAACCCCAAACUCAAACUCAAAGUCAAACUCAAUCCAAUGCAAAGAAUCAAGUAUCCAUUCCAAAGAAUAUCAGUACACCUUCAAACAAUUCAAUUAAUCAUGCACCAGUUCCAACUCGUCCAUCAAAUAUAGUAGGUACAAGUUCUGAAGUAAAUCUACCGGGAAUGGCUACUAGACCAAUUACUAGUACAACUAAUCUUCAUGAUUUUGCUGCUAAUGCUGCUAGAAAUGCUGCUGCUAGAAAUCCUAUUUUCAAUAGACCUGGCCUUGCUGGUAGUUCAAAUCAUGAUGUAGGAUUUACUAGUAUGCCAUCAAUUAAUAGAUUUGAUCAUGGACCAGGACAAUUCAAUCAAAAUGUAGUUAUACCAGAUAAUGGAGGUAGAGUAUUAACUAAAAGAAGAUUAACUGAAUUAAUUAAUACUAUUGGAAUUGAAGAAGGUGAUGAAAAGACAACUAUUGAUAAUGAUGCAGAAGAUAUACUUUUAGAUUUAGCUGAUGAAUUUGUAUCAUCAGUUACUGGAUUUGCAUGUAAAUUAGCUAAACAUAGGAAAGUUGAUAAAUUAGAUAUUCGAGAUUUUCAAUUACAUUUAGAAAGAAAUUGGGGAGUUAGAGUUCCAGGUUAUGCAUAUGAUGAAAUUAAAGCUGUUAAAAGAUGGUCGACCAAUCCUGAAUAUAAAGAGAAUUUAAAUCAAAUUGAAAAGGCCAAGAAUGAAAAUGGUACUAGUAAAUAAAUAGCUACUUUGUAUUAUAUUAAUAUUA